AUGGUGGCCAGAUUUACGCAUUACAAUCUGAGGGCUGACUUCAAGAAGCCUUUGAACGAAUCGAACUUUCAAUGCUUUGGCAUGGAGGAACCCUCCGUACCCGAAAUUGUUCUCCAUGGACUUGUCUCUCCAUAUGCUCAUGGAGAAGUCCUCAGUCACCCCGUCUUGCACCAAAACGAGACCCUCUUUGCUACACUGAACCAGGCCUUCCGAAAAACGCUUGUGCUGGCGGCCGAUCAAGAAUUGACCACUGCGAUGAGAGAGAGCCGGCACGAGGACUGCACCCCAGAGGAGACGGAUUAUAUUUGUCGAGAGCGCGAAAAGUACAAACUGCUGGCUAAACACUAA